AUGAGAAGCCAUAUCGCUUCCUCAUACAACUACUCUGGAGAUCUCAACGGCGUUGACGCGGACAUCCUCAGAGACUAUAAUCUAGGUGUCGAGUCAUGGGCUCAUGCUCGCGAUAAAGACCCAAAAAGGAGUAUAGAGCGCCUUCCAAACGAACUCUUGAUCGUCAUCAUUCAGAAGGCAGCUUGGGUCGGAUACCCUGGAUACCAUCGAGAGCUGCUCGUUCUUAGCUUGGUCAAUCGAAGAUGGGCGGGAUUGAUUCUUCGAACACAAUACUUCUGGAAUCGGGUCUACUUGAAAGACAAUAUCGAGGAUCUCGAGCCAAUGACGGCCGUUAUACUCGAGCUCUCGGGAGAUUCUCCCCUUGAGCUGACUUACUAUGCGGAAUCUGAUGUUAUCCGUAAGGUUGCGCACCUAAUUCGGCCUCACCUCCACCGUAUCACGCGUUUGGAGGUUCUACAGCAUUAUGGCCAAAGCGACCACGGUACUGAUCCAUUCUUUCCCCAUACUGUAUUUCCGUCCCUGCGGAAUAUUUUAACACAGCAUAUACCUCCCAAGAGCAUUGUAGCAUGUCUCUCACAUCACGAGGUUUUGGCCCCUUACAAACAUCUGAUAGAAGGCGACGGUUUCUUUGUUGAAUUGAAAGUUACGGAGAAGAAUCGGGUCUCGUUUCGGUCAACUGUGACAUCUGUGGCGAAUAUUCAGCGUCUUGAAGACAUUCCAACUCUAGAAUGUGUUAGUAUCUACGGAGGUUAUGAACUAUCGAGGGAUUUGUCGACCGCCGUCAAGGAGACACGACGUCACUUGGGCUGGAAGACGCUGUUCAUUAGCAGAUUUCCCUGGAAGAGGAUCCGAGGAAUACUUGGUCGCUGUACGUCGCUUAUCUCGUUGGCACUUAUGGAUAUCGAUCAGAUAGCAGCCCUGGAAUUGACCCAAAUGAUACCGCGGCUUACCUUCCUCGAGGACAUCAGCAUCCAGUUCAUCGAGGUCCCGAUGUCGGAGACGCCAGUUAUGCCUGUUGGUGAAGACGUUAGCCACGAAACAAAAAUACAGACAAUGCAUUUGCGUCUGCGUCCAGGUAUACCGAAUAUGACGAUCACAGGCGAUAUCCUGCAUUUACUCCUUCGUAUGUCCCCCCGGCUAGAAUCCCUGUCGCUAUCGGGGUAUCGUGUGAACAAGCUCGACUUCAUUGAAAUCGGCAAGCUCAAGGAGUUGCGAAAAAUAGACCUAUUCGAUUGUGAGUUUAUUUCCGAACCAAACACUACCAGGCAUAUGCUGGCCUGCCCGAAAUUGGAGACGGUGCGGAUUUCAGGAUCCAUCGACGCUCUUGAUUCGCUGGCAAGUUCAAGUGCAAGUGAACUGGAUUACAGACUUGAGAUGAGGGCUUCACCGAGAAUCGAAAUCAACGGACGAGAUUGGCCUUCUUUACGGAGUCUGAGGUUGUUUAUGGAUUCUACUCCCAUAAUGUGUGGUCUCAAUUCAUUGAGGCAUCUAUCAUUAUGGAGCCAGUCCCUAGUCACGACUACGAUACCCUAUCUAGCGAUGCAUCCCAGCGAGCUUCCUGUGCUGGAGACGCUCGACCUGCACGCCUGUCCUGAAUGGGAUAUCCUCUUUAUUAUGCUGGAGAAGCGGUUACUCACGCAAACAUAUGGAAUCAAGCCUAUCGAGAAUUUAAUAUUUGAUAGGGCGAUCUCGACGAGGAUUAAACAUUCCCUUGCGUCACUCCUCGCAGGACAUAUCUUCCCGCGACCAUCAAACUACGAGCUUUCAAUGCAAGGAAACCUGGAACUCUUCUUGGACACCAAUAUGUGA